CCACACUCCACCCUCCUUCAAACAUCACAAGUUGCAUCUGGGCCUCACUAGGCAUCACUGCCGGUAACUCGCCAAUUAAUAACAGCCUCUGUUGUCUUCCCGACCCUCUGGUAUCUUGACGAUGACAAGGGGUAUCUCAAUAGUAAAUACUCUUCCGGUCGAGCUUCUCUACGAGAUACAGCUCUUUUCUGCAUCUCCCUCUCUCCCUCUGACAUGUAAGACGCUCCACAGAAUAUUCAGCGCGUCUCCGCCCUCCUAUCGCACCCAAUAUCUUAUCGCUUCUAUCGAAGCCGCACAAGUUAGGGAUGACUUGAUUCUCUCGAAACUAUUGCGGUACCCAAUUUGCACAGUGGACGUAUUAGAGUCGUUGUUUCGAAUAUCAAGCAAUAUUAUACCUUUAACCUGGAUACCGGAACUUCCAAGACGCCUCUUUCGUUCGCUCACCCAAAAAUCCCGCGCCAAGACGCCUUUGUGGACAGAUCAAGACCAUCCGCUUCCCUUCGUAAAAUAUUUGUUCACUUGUGCAAAAAUCCGUCCCCCAGAUGUCAACUCACAUGAUGGCUACGCCCUCACGAAAGCUGUGCAGGUGGGCUUCCUGCCUCUAGUUCGCUUUCUCCUUGAUCAUGGCGCUUCCCCUCGUUGCAAAAACAAUAUGCCGAUCCUUGUCGCUAUCUACCGUAAGGAUCUUUCGCUUGUGCGACUGCUUGUAGAAAAAGUGGACUGCCGGGAACGUGGUCCAGAGGCAUUGAAGCAGAAGGGGAAGGAACAAAAACUAGAGGAUCGAGCGCAAGUAACACUCGACAUGCUCAAGGUUGCGGUGAAACUGAAUGCGCGGGAUAUUGUGGAAUAUUUCAUGAAAGAAAAGGGAUGUGUACCCGAUUUGCAGACUCUGCAGUUGAUGCGGUAAAUUUGUAAAUCGUAAUGUCCGUGAUUGAUACCCGAUUUGCCAUGUGGUCUCAUCACCUGUGU